UCACGGUGCAGACAAAACAAAACUUCAUUAUACAGUACAAUGUAUCUUUUCCAAAUCUUUAGAUGUCCGUUGAUUUUAUUAAGUUUUCUUGUAUUGAGUCAUGGUAGUCUACAGCCGGGAUUUUCUAAACUUCUGUGGGGUCAAAGACUAGACAGGAAACUAAUCCAAUCCUUCGCACAGUUAAGUUUCCUGGACUGUGUGGUAGAAUGUCUGGUAACACAGCGGUGUAAAUCUGUCAACUAUAUCAAAGGGGCUAACUUCUGUGAAAUCAAUUACGAAAAUAAGAUGACAGCAGAAACUAAGUUCAUAGACAGCGCUGGAUGGGUAUACAGUGAAAAGGAGCACUGGCCUAAGGAUCUGGCUGGAGCUUGUGCAUACUCAAACUGUCAAAUCAACCAGACAUGUAAACACAAGAAGUAUUCCAAGGACACGUCCUACGAAUGUGUUUUGUCAGAUUGUGGAAUACCCAAUCGAACAGGAAUUGAUCUUAAUACAACACACCGUGAAGACGCCAUUGGUAUAGGCAGAAGGAUACACGCCUCAUGUUCUGCGGGAUACUUCCAGUUUGGUUCAGGACGAUUGAUAUGUCAGUCAAACGGGGAGUGGAAAUACGACAUUGCUUGUGAAGAAGGUUGGGUUCAGUAUGAGAAUCAUAUAUAUCGCAUAUUCACUGAGAACAAGAAUUGGGACGAUGCAAAGGAACACUGUGAAUCAAGAGAUGCAUAUCUGGUAGAGAUCGAAUCGUCUGAAGAAAACACUUGGAUCCACGAAAAACUUGUUUAUCAACAUUUUCUCUCUAGAAUGGAUCAUUGUUCAGACAAUAUAUAUGACUGUACAGUGUGGAUUGGUGGCAGUGACAAGAACACGGAGUCGCAAUUUAUCUGGAGUAAGAGUGGAAACUUAAUCACUUUCUUAAACUGGUCAAAUGGGUCUCCAAAUAACUGGAAUGGCAAUCAAGACUGCAUCGAGAUGUUUGCUUUAGAUGGGAGGUGGAAUGAUAUGGACUGUGAUCACAACACUCCUUUUAUAUGUGAAAAAAGCCUAACCUGA